UUGGUUAUGAAGAACGGGAAGCAAUCUUCGCAACCCGAAAAGGGUUCUUCUAGGAUCUUGUCACUGACGGUUCUGUUCAUAGCAUUGUGCGGUUUCUCCUUCUACCUCGGUGGUAUAUUCUGCUCUGAGAGAGACAAGAUCGAAGCCAAAGAUGUCACAAGUACCACUACAAAGGUUGUAGCUUCCCCUAAGGAACCUACGGUCUCACCUCUUCAAGUCAAAUCCGUUUCUUUCCCGGAAUGUGGUUCAGAGUUCCAAGAUUACACCCCGUGCACCGAUCCAAAGAGAUGGAAGAGAUACGGUGUCCAUCGUCUAAGUUUCUUGGAGCGUCAUUGUCCUCCGGUUUAUGAAAAGAACGAGUGUUUAAUCCCGCCACCAGACGGCUAUAAACCGCCUAUAAGAUGGCCCAAGAGCAGAGAACAGUGCUGGUACAAGAACGUGCCUUAUGACUGGAUCAACAAGCAGAAAUCAAACCAGCAUUGGCUCAAGAAAGAAGGCGACAAGUUCCAUUUCCCUGGAGGUGGUACGAUGUUUCCUCGUGGAGUUAGCCAUUACGUUGAUCAGAUGCAAGAUCUGAUCCCUGAAAUGAAAGACGGAACAGUCAGGACCGCCAUUGAUACUGGAUGCGGAGUUGCGAGCUGGGGAGGAGAUCUUUUGGACCGUGGGAUCUUAUCACUCUCUCUUGCUCCAAGAGAUAACCAUGAAGCUCAGGUCCAGUUCGCUCUUGAGCGUGGAAUCCCUGCGAUUCUCGGGAUCAUCUCUACUCAACGUCUCCCUUUCCCUUCGAAUGCUUUUGAUAUGGCUCAUUGCUCAAGAUGUCUUAUUCCGUGGACAGAGUUUGGUGGAAUCUAUUUGCUUGAGAUUCACCGUAUAGUCCGUCCCGGAGGUUUCUGGGUUCUCUCAGGUCCACCGGUGAACUACAACAGACGGUGGCGAGGAUGGAACACGACCAUGGAAGAACAAAAAUCCGACUACGACAAGCUUCAGUCGCUACUAACCUCCAUGUGUUUCAAGAAGUACGCACAAAAGGACGACAUAGCCGUGUGGCAGAAGCUCUCGGACAAAUCUUGCUACGACAAGAUCGCAAAGAACAUGGAAGCUUACCCUCCCAAAUGCGACGACAGCAUCGAGCCCGAUUCCGCCUGGUACACUCCUCUCCGUCCCUGCGUCGUUGCCCCGACCCCUAGAGUCAAGAAAUCGGGUCUCGGGUCUAUCCCGAAAUGGCCCGAGAGGCUUAACGUCGCGCCGGGGAGGAUCUUCGAUGUUCACGGAGGUAGCGCGGCGGGUUUGAAACACGACGACGGCAAGUGGAAGAACAGAGUGAAGCAUUACAAGAAGGUUUUGCCUGUUCUUGGGACGGACAAGAUAAGGAACGUUAUGGAUAUGAACACGGUUUACGGAGGUUUCGCUGCGGCUUUAGUCAAGGAUCCUGUUUGGGUCAUGAACGUUGUCUCGUCUUACAGCGCAAAUACGCUUCCUGUUGUCUUUGAUCGUGGUCUCAUCGGGACCUAUCACGACUGGUGUGAAGCUUUCUCGACGUAUCCAAGAACUUAUGAUCUUCUUCACCUUGACAGCCUUUUUACCCUUGAGAGCCAAAGGUGUGAGAUGAAGUACGUUCUGCUCGAGAUGGAUCGGAUCUUGCGACCCAGUGGAUAUGUUAUAAUCCGAGAAUCGAGUUAUUUCAUGGACGCAAUCACGACGUUGGCGAAGGGGAUGAGGUGGAGUUGCCGGAGAGAAGAGACAGAGUAUGCCGUCGAGAGCGAGAAGAUUCUGGUUUGCCAGAAAAAGCUUUGGUUUUCUUCUAACCAAACCUCUUGA